CGUCGCUUCCUUCGCUGUUUCGUCCGCGUCGCCCGCCAAUCGGCAGUCGCCUCGCCCCCGUCUUCUCCUCCCCAAUCCCGUCCCGUUUCCCCUGCUACUGGCUACCGUGCUGAGCUGUGACAUGCCCUCCACUCCCCUGUCCCCAGCAGCAGGCCAGCAGCAGCAGCAGCCUUGACUCGUUCGCCGUUCGCUCUGGGUGUGGUUGCCCGUCUCGAGCUCUCCGCCGUCCUCCUCCCCGGCCGCCGCCGGCGGAGGCGUCCUCGUGGUGCCGCGGGGCGCCGGUCGGGCCCGAUCGGCCUCGGGGCCUCCGGGGCUCCCGAGAGAUAUAUUGUAAAAUGGAAGCCCUACGUAAUAUGAAACUGCCCCCAGGAUUUGGAUUCUAUCCUUCGGAUACUGAACUUGUUGGUCACUAUCUGAAGAGAAAAAUACAUGGCCAGAAAAUCGAACAUGAUCUUAUACCAGAGGUGGAUAUAUACAAGCAUGAACCAUGGGAUUUACCUGCAAAGUGCAAUUUUCCAAUCGAGGACAACAAGUGGCAUUUCUUUGCCUCUCGUGAUAGGAAGUACCCUACUGGUUCUAGGUCAAACAGGGCAACAGUCGCUGGUUACUGGAAAUCAACUGGGAAGGACCGAGCCAUAAAGCUGAACAAAAAAACUCUAGGAACAAAGAAGACUUUAGUUUUUCAUGAAGGCCGGCCUCCCUCUGGCAGACGCACUGAGUGGAUUAUGCAUGAGUACUACAUAGAUGAGAAGGAAUGUCAAGUCAGCCCUGAUAUGAAGGAUGCCUUUGUUCUCUGUCGUGUUACUAAAAGAAAUGACUGGGCAUUGGAUAAUGAUAAUGAGGUGGGCAAUGGUAAUGAGGUGGGCAACAUGAACCCUCAUCCUCAUCCUCAACAACCCAAUGGUGCUGCUACAUUAGUUGUCAGUGCUGUAAAGCCAGAAGAUACUGCUGACUCAGUCAUCUGUGCAGAAGAACCGAAUCAUGUUGCUACACCAGUUGGCAGUGCUCAACUAUCAAAUGAUGUUGCUAUUGCAGGUAUUACUGCUGAUACAGCAUCUCCAAACAGCAGUAAUGAACUGGAAGCAUGGCUGGAAGAACUGUUGGACCAUUCACCCUCAUUUAACCCUAUACCUGAUACUGGUUCUGCCCUCCCAUCUCUGACUGAACAACAUGCUGAAUCAUCGAAUCCUGGUUCUGUGGUUCCUAAGAUUGGACCAGACCAUGCCAGCCCAAUGAAUGAUGGGACAGAUGCCACAGACUACCUAUUCCCUGAGGAUCUUCCUGAGGAUCUUUACAGUAUGUUGUAUCCUGGUAAUGAUGACUUCAGUAAUAGUAUAUUGGUUGAGCCAGCUGGCCAUGCAGCCACCAACCAGACUUACUGCUUGAUGGGGGGAAGUCCCUUUGCUCUUCCAAACAACUCUGAGGAAGGAAUUCCAAAGGAUGGAUUGCAGUUAGACCAGGAAAAUAACAACCCGAAUCUGUCGAAUGGAAACAGUGACACUGGAAUUAUAAUACGAGGGCAUAGGGCAACAGCAUCUUCUGCUAACAUUUCACCAGGAUUUGGCAGGAUUAAAAUGCAGGUUGGAAUUAAUAAGAUGGUUUCAAGUAAUUCUGAAUCCAUCAACCAGACUAUGAAGUUUGCAGAUAACAGUGGUCGUCGUCUUGAUCUCACGACUAGUGUUGAGUGCCAGAAGAAACAUGCAAAUGAUGCCACUUCUGUCAAGCAGUCUGAUGCAACCAAGCCAAUUGAAGGUCAUGGCAAUCAAGGAUAUCUCAGGGGCAUAAGGAAUGGAUUCAGAUGUUCAUCAGCUGGAUUCAAUGUACACAUACUUUUCGCCAUUUUCUUGAUUGGAGUUGCUGCUGCUGUAGCACUGCAUUACCACCGCUCAGGUGCCAGCCUAUAACAUUGAAUCAGCGGACAUCAGUAUGCUUAGUUUUAGCUGUAGAGGUCAGUGGCAUCAGGUUGAGCGAUUAUAUACCAGUACGACGUUUGGAAUGGCAGUAGCAUCUUCCCAUCUUCAUUCUUUCAGUAGUUUGUCGGCUUUGCUUACUUGCAUUGAACUGGAAUAGUAAUCGAGUUCCUCAGCUUAUGUCAUCGGGGUUGCUAGCCUUCUUGGUACAUUGGUGAAACCACUGAUCCCAGCUGCCUCCACCGGUUUUUAUGGUGCUGUACAUAUGAAGUUCUUUCUUUUUGGUCACCUAGCUACUACUAUGACUCUCUGAGUGCCUUCCAGAAAAGAGAAAAAAAAGGAGGAAAAGAAAAAAGAAAAAAAAUGUAACUUUGGCAGUUACUGUUAUCCUGAGAUUUGUAAACGUGAACAUGCUUAUAAAUGACAUAGUGGAUCACGAUAUUAUCACACUAGAAACGACUGCAUUGCAUUGUUUGCAUUGUGCU